AUACUGUAACAUAAACAAAGGCAACAAGAACACCGAAGAACGGAAGAGAAGAAGCUCUCACCUGAAAACACACACAGGAGCAUCAAUUGCUGAAAUCUCUAAUCCCCGAAUUGCACUUAUGGAGGAAUUUCCGCUUGAUGGAGAUCAAGCGGCUUUGGGUCAGGCCAGUGAAGCUAUGGAAGAGGAAAAUGGUGAGGAAGUUCCUAUAGAUGCUCAAAAUGUUGACAAUGAAAAAAGGAAGGCGUUUGUCCCACCUGCUGCAGGCAUGGAAUUUGAGUCAUAUGAUGAUGCUUACAACUAUUAUAAUUGUUACGCGAAGGAGGCGGGGUUUAGUGUAAGAGUUAAAAAUUCAUGGUUUAAAAGAAAUAGUAGAGAGAAGUAUGGUGCAGUUUUAUGCUGCAGCAGUCAGGGUUUCAAAAGAAUUAAAGAUGUCAACCGUUUAAGAAGGGAAACAAGAACCGGUUGUCCUGCAAUGCUAAGGAUGAAACUAGUGGAUUCUAAGAGGUGGAGGAUAAUUGAAGUAACUCUCGACCAUAACCACUCGUUAGGUACAAAGGCCUACAAGUCACCGAAGAAGAUGAACCCUGGAAGCAAGAGGAAGCUGCAUACAAAUUCUGAUACAGAAACACAGACAAUAAAGUUGUAUAGAGCACUUGUUAUAGAUGCAGGAGGCACUAGCAACUCCAAGUCUGAUGCUAGAGAAGAUAGAAGUUGUUCUGAUCAUCCUGAUCACUUGAACUUGAGGAAAGGUGACACUCAAGCCAUUUACAAUUAUUUUUGUCGUAUGCAGUUGACUAACCCAAACUUUUUUUAUGUGACGGAUCUUAAUAGUGGUGGGCGUCUGAGAAACGUGUUCUGGUUAGAUGCUAGGUGUAAGGCUGCAGUUAAUUAUUUUAAUGAUGCAGUUUUUUUUGACAAUACAUAUUUGGCAAAUAAAUAUGAAAUCCCGCUCGUGGCAUUUGUUGGAAUGAAUCAGCAUGGUCAAUCAGUAUUACUGGGUUGUGGCCUGCUUGCUGGUGAGACCAUAGAGUCUUAUGUUUGGCUAUUUAAUGCAUGGCUUACCUGCACAUCUGGACAAUCUCCCCAGACCAUAAUAACUGAGAGAUGCAAGAUUUUGCAGAGUGCAGUUGCGGAGGUAUUUCCAAAUGCUCUACAUCGUUUUGGUUUGUCGCACAUCAUGAAAAAAGUUCCAGAAAAGUUGGGAGGACUCCGCAACUAUGAUGCUAUUAGAAAGGCAUUAACUAAAGCAGUUUAUGAGGCCUUGAAACCUUUUGAUUUUGAAGCUUCGUGGGCAUUUAUGAUUCAGCAUUUUGGUGUUGGUGAUCAUGAGUGGAUUCGGUCCUUGUAUGACGAUCGAAUGCGGUGGGUUCCUGCUUACCUAAAAGAAACUUAUUUUGCUGGAAUGGCUGCUGCACGACCCGGUGAGACCCACAAUGCAUUUUUUGAUAAAUAUGUCCAUAAACAAACUCCUUUGAAAGAGUUUCUGGACAAGUACGAAUUAGCUUUACACAAGAAGCACAAGGAGGAAGUACAAGCAGAUCAGGAAUCGAGAGAGUCAAUUCCUACACUGAAAACAAGAUGUUCUUUUGAAGUUCAGCUAUCGAAAGUGUAUACUAGUGAAAUCUUUAAGAAGUUUCAGUUAGAAGUCGAGGAAAUGUAUUCUUGCUUCAGUACUACCCAAGUGCAUGUUGACGGGGCAAUUAUAAUAUUCUUGGUGAAGGAGCGUGUCUUGGCUGAAGGAAAUAGGAGAGAGAUUAGGGAUUAUGAAGUUCUGUACAAUAGAGCAGCAUCAGAAGUUCGCUGCAUAUGUAGCUGUUUUAACUUCUAUGGUUAUUUAUGUCGCCAUGCAUUGUCAGUGCUUAACUUUAACGGGGUGGAGGAGAUCCCUUGGACAUACAUUCUAUCAAGAUGGAGGAAAGAUUACAAGCGUACAUUUCUUCCAGAUCAGUUGUCCAAUUACAAUGAUGCUGCCAACCAGAUUCAAAAGGUUGCUCACCUUUAUAGAAGUGCAUUGCAAGUUGUGGAGGAGGGGGUGAUUUCAAAGGAACACUGCAAGGCUGCUUUGCAGGCAAUUGAAGAUUCAGUUCAUAGAGUUCAUGAUUUAGAAGCACUAAUGCUAUAAAUAAAGUUAUACAUACACAAUACUUAGUGUACCUUGAUGUUUGUGUAUGUAUUUAUACAUGAUGUUUUUUUUUUAAAAAAUAAUAUCAAAGGGAGUUAGAUACUUA